GCAGACAUCGACGAUGCUCACGUGACGCCCACGACGCCUCACGUGACUGGUGCCCGAUCGUUGGACGCAGUCACCCUGGUCUCUGGCCGUGAGCCGCCUGCUCCUUCCGUCCGGAACGAUGAACGGCUACGCGCUGCUCUACGGUGGUAUCACUGUGGCCUUUUGGUCCACCAUCCUCAUAGUAGGCAUUUGUUACACAAUAUUUGACUUAGGAUUUCGCUUUGAUAUAGGAUGGUUUUUAACAGAAACUUCUCCGUUUAUGUGGGCAAACCUUGGAAUUGGAUUAGCCAUCUCUUUGUCUGUUGUGGGGGCUGCAUGGGGAAUUUAUAUUACUGGAUCCAGCAUUCUUGGUGGGGGUGUCAAGGCACCUAGGAUUAAAACCAAAAAUCUUGUCAGCAUCAUUUUCUGUGAAGCUGUUGCAAUUUAUGGGAUUAUCAUGGCUAUUGUCAUCAGUAAUAUGGCAGAGCCAUUCAGUGGUACCACUCCUCAGACAAUUGGAGCCAGGAAUUAUCAAGCAGGGUUCUCCAUGUUUGGUGCUGGCCUGACUGUUGGAUUUUCUAAUCUGUUUUGUGGUAUCUGUGUUGGCAUUGUGGGUAGUGGUGCUGCUCUGGCUGAUGCCCAGAAUGCCAGCCUGUUUGUCAAAAUCCUGAUCGUUGAAAUUUUUGGCAGUGCCAUUGGAUUGUUUGGAGUCAUUGUAGCCAUCCUACAGACAUCUAAAGUGAAAAUGGGAGAUUAGCCAUCAUGAAGAUGUUGAGAAUCUGAAUUCUGGAAAUGAGAUCUAGAUUUGCUGUAUAUAAUUUAUUUAAGUGUAUAUUUUCCCAACAUAUUUGUGGUUUUAAACCCACCAUUUGCUGAAGAGUGAUUGUGACACGGUCUGAAGUGAUUCCUGAUCAAUUCUGCAAAAUGGGCCAGGUGCUGUCCAGCAGUAUUCCAUAGUUUAGUCUGUAUUCUGUUUAACUUGCAAAUGUAUAGCCCAUUUCAAAUUCAGAAUGGGGUGGAGUAGCGAGACAGAAUGUUAAAGACUUCUUUUUCUGUCAUACAUAAAUGGUGAGAUUUAUUCCUUAUGGCCUUGUGCAAGACAGCAGUUGAAAACGUGUUGAACUGUGACUAUGAUAAAGAACCAUCUGAUAGACUUGCAUUAGAGUCCUAUGGCUUGCAGUCAUCAAAUCUGUAAUGGAUGAGUUCAUAUAAAACUCAUUUCACAUCAAUUUGUGUACCUAAGUUGCACCUUUGUAUGUUAUGUUUCUUGUAAAUGUGAUGGAGCAACUUUAGUGUUACACCACAAUGGCGACCAGAAAAAUAAAGUACAUGUUUAUAUGUG